GAAGGCCCCGCCUCCGGAACGGGCCACUCCGUGGGGGAAGCUGUCCCGAAGGCUCCGACCUCGCUCCCGCUUAUAAGCCUCGCAGCCACAGGAGCCCCUGCUUAGGUGAACAUUUCGGACGGGCAGCGGCGGUGCAGACCCCGAAGCGGCCUCCCCCAGGGUCGGCAUUCGGCCCUCCCAGCCAGAGCGCUCUUGGGACAAGCCGGGGAUUCCCCGCCGCCGCCCGCCCCCUGUCGUCACGGAGUCUCCGCGACGUCCAGCCUCGGCCUGGCGCCGUCCCGGGCGGGAGGAGCGCGCCGCGAGGCGGGAGAACGCGGCCAUGGCGGGGCCCAGGGUCCCCGGCGCCCCCGCAGCCCGCUGGAAACACCACAUCGUGCGGCAGCUGCGGCUUCGGGACCGCACGCAAAAGGCGCUCUUCCUGGAGCUGGUGCCGGCCUAUAACCAUCUCUUAGAGAAGGCUGAGCUGCUGGACAAGUUCUCAAAGAAGCUGCAGCCGGAGCCAAACAGUGUCACUCCCGCCACCCACCAGGGCCCCUGGGAGGAGUCAGGGCCUGACUCAGACCAAGUCCAAUCACUGGCCAUUCUGAAGGUGAAGUGGCAGGAGGAGGAGGAGGGGCUCCAACUGGACUGUGGUGAGCUUUCUUUUCAGGACGGGGGCGGCAGGGGAGCAGCCGACUGUCCCUUAGCGCCUUUGGCCCGGGAGGGACUGAAGGCCUGGAGAGGCCUCAGCGCCGCGGUGCCCACCUGUCCGCCCCCAGAUGGCCUACCAGGUGGUGGAGAAGAGCGCGGCCCUGGGAGCCCUGGAGUCGGAGCUGCAGGAGCGGCGAAGCAGGCUGGCGGCCCUGGAGGCCCGCGUGGUGCAGCUGCGAGAGGCGCGGGCGCAGCAGGCCCGGCAGGUGGAGGAGCAGCGGGCGCAGAACGCCGUGCAGCGGGAAGCCUACGAGGCGCUUCGCGCCCACACCGGGCUCCAGGAGGCGGCACUGCGCAGGCUCCAGGAGGACGCGCGCGACCUGCUGGAGAGGCUUGUGCAGCGCAAGGCCAGCGCCGCCGCUGAGCGCAACUUGCGCAACGAGCGCCGGGAGCGGGCCAAGCAGGUGCGGGUGUCCCAGGAGCUGAAGAAGGCUGCCAAGCGGACCGUGAGCAUCAGCGAGAGCCCGGACACCCUAGGCGAUGUGAUGAGGGAGAGAACCGAGACUCUGGCCCUGGCUCCUGAGCCAGAGCCCCUGGAGAGUAAGGCUUGUGAGAAGUGGAAGAGGCCCUUCAGGUCUGCCUCAGCCACCUCUCUGACGCUGUCCCGCUGUGUGGAUGUGGUGAAGGGUCUUCUGGAUUUUAAGAAGAGGAGAGGUCACUCGAUUGGGGGAGCCCCUGAGCAACGAUACCAGAGCAUCCCUAUGUGUGUGGCCGCCCGACUUCCUACCCAGGCUCAGGAUGUGCUGGACGCUCACCUCUCUGAGGUCAAUGCUGUUCGUUUUGGCCCCAACAGCAGCCUCCUGGCCACUGGAGGGGCUGACCGCCUGAUCCACCUCUGGAAUAUUGUUGGAAGUCGCCUGGAGGCCAACCAGACCCUGGAGGGAGCUGGUGGCAGCAUUACCAGUGUGGACUUUGACCCCUCGGGCUACCAGGUUUUAGCAGCAACUUACAACCAGGCUGCCCAGCUCUGGAAGGUGGGGGAGGCACAGUCCAAGGAGACACUGUCUGGACACAAGGAUAAGGUGACAGCUGCCAAAUUCAAGCUAACGAGGCACCAGGCAGUGACGGGGAGCCGCGACCGGACAGUGAAGGAGUGGGACCUCGGCCGUGCCUACUGCUCCAGGACCAUCAAUGUCCUUUCCUACUGUAAUGACGUGGUGUGUGGGGACCAUAUCAUCAUUAGUGGCCACAAUGACCAGAAGAUCCGGUUCUGGGACAGCAGGGGGCCCCACUGCACCCAGGUCAUCCCUGUGCAGGGCCGGGUCACCUCCUUGAGCCUCAGCCACGACCAGCUACACCUGCUCAGCUGUUCCCGAGACGACACACUCAAGGUCAUCGACCUGCGUGUCAGCAACAUCCGCCAGGUGUUCAGGGCUGAUGGCUUCAAGUGUGGUUCUGACUGGACCAAAGCUGUGUUCAGCCCGGACAGAAGCUAUGCACUGGCAGGCUCCUGCGAUGGGGCCCUUUACAUCUGGGAUGUGGACACUGGGAAACUGGAGAGCAGACUUCAGGGACCCCAUUGUUUUGCAGACACUGGCAACCAAGGAUCAGUGAGGGUAAGGCAGAGACUGCAGCCCACUUUUGUGUGGAUCCAUAGACUGCUUGGGAGGAAUUUUCUUUAAACAUCUUUAAAUUCAGCUGUUUCCCCUCUCAUGUACCUGAAUCUCUCUCAUCCAUGGAGAGUCACCAUUUUCUGAGGCUGAAAGUUCUUCCACUAGCACCGAUGGAAAAACUCCAAUCCGCCCAUUGAAUUCCCCUUCCCAGAAGCCAUCGUCAUCUUGGUUUUCUUUGUUCAAGAUACGGAUUAUUGCUCCCUCAGGAAAAGAUAACUCAUCAUCUGUCUGGCCCUCGUAAUCAUAAAGUGCUUUCACAAAACAGACUAGGGAGCAAGAGAAAGACAAAUCUGGUAAGAUAACUGACAGCUGGUUGCUUCUGCAACCACCCCUAUACUCAUAUGACAACUAAAAGAGCAUCGUACAGAAUAGGAUUAAAGUUGUAAUGUUUUUACUCACUGAUGAUCAACUUUAGGGUUCUACUCUACAGGACAAAUGUGACCAAAUAAAGGGAAGCAUAUUAUUGGAUAGGAGCAAAGUUGUGCUUUUAGGUCAAAUAUGACCAAAUAAAGAGUGCCUUGUUUCAGUCUUUACCACUGGCAUCUCCGUUGAGGCUGCCUGAAACGAGUUCUGCUUCUGUGGAAUUGCUGGACGUGUGUGACCGACUGUCCAAAGCAGCCAGGGACUGCAGCAUGCUCAGGAGGCUGUUCGAGGUGGGAAACUGUAGGUACUUUUCUGGCACAUAACCCACUUGGCCAACUUUAUUUCGAGCCUGGGUAAAAGACAUGUGACAAAACAAGUUUACACACACAAUUCAGGCAGGGCACAACAAAGACCAAAACAAACUCCUAAAAAUGUCACAAGAAGGGGUGAUAUGAGCAAAGGAAUAUACCUUUACCCAGUCUUCCAUAUCUCCAUCUUCAAUCACUUCUAACACCUCAUGUUCCUCAAUGGUCAACUCAUCUGGUUGAGAAGCCUGCAAUGUAGGAUGGUCAUGGACAAAAUUAAAAAGGUUAGAUAAGGAGCAGAUGUGAGCUGAUCAUGACAAAAACUGGGGAUCAAAAUAUUGAAAUGAUUUUGAGAAACAUGUUGAACAUAAAAAUUUAAAUGCUGUAAAACUAUCAUAAUGAAGUGAAGUUUUACUUUAAAAAACUAAACAAAACCGUAACAAAAACU